CAAACUCUGUAUAUAUUAGGAAUUCAUUUGUUCUUCGAGGCAAAUAGAUGAAAUUAUGGAGUUUUUACAAGAAAAUUUCAAGUAUGCCAGCAACCAAUGUGAGACCAUUCUUGACAUUCGAAAUAAACAAUUUACUUCAACUCUGCAACAAUUCCAAAUCAAUAGACCAAACCAAACAAACCCAUCAACAAAUCAUCACACAUGGUCAAACCCACAACCCAUUCUUCAUAACAAAAUUGAUACAAUUGUAUGCAGAACACGACAAUAUUAACUAUGCCCACAACCUGUUUGUCGAAUUGCCUCAAAGAAAUGUGUUUGCCUGGACAGCCAUAAUAUCAUAUUUUUCACGUAAUACUCUAUUUAAAGAAUGUGUAAAUACUUAUAAGGAGAUGAAACUAGAUGGAAUUUUACCUGAUGGGUAUGUGUUUCCUCUAGUAUUGAAGAUUUGUGCUAAGUUUUUGAGGUUGUACAUUGGGGUACAAGUGCACAGAGAUAUAAUUGUGUAUGGUGUAGAAUGGAAUGUCCAAGUUAACCAUUCUUUAAUUGAUAUGUACUCAAAAUGUGGUGAUAUUCAGAAUGCUAAGCGGGUAUUUAGUUUGAUGCAAGAAAAAGAUUUGCUUUCAUGGAAUUUGAUAAUUUCAGGAUAUGUAUCGAAUGAGUUACUUUAUUUGGCUGUUGAGACGUUUGGGCUUAUGAGUAAGGAAGGUUGUGAGCCAGAUAUAGUCACUUUGAAUACAGUAAUGGAUGCUUAUUGUCGCAUGGGUCGAUGUGAUGAGGCUAGGAAAAUAUUCGUGCUAAUUAAAGAACCGAGUAUAAUAUCGUGGACGACUUUGAUAUCAGGUUAUUCAAGAAUUGGAGAUCAUGGUAGUGCUUUGAAUAUUUUUAGGGAAAUGAUAGAUAGAAGAGAAGUUUGUCCUGACCUAGAUUGUUUUUCUAGUGUACUAGCAUCGUGCCAGCUUAUUGGGGAUUUAAAGAGUGCUAAGGAGAUUCAUGCAUACGGGAUUAAACUCGAGCCCCCUUUUGCUUUCCAUAGAUCAUCUGGACCUGCAUUACUGACUCUAUAUGCUAAAUGUGGGAGGAUUCAAGAUGCAAGACAUGUGUUUGAGUUGAUGGAUAGAACGGAUGUUGUUGCUUGGAAUUCCAUGAUUCAUGGUUUUGCUGAACUAGGGAUGAAAGACUCGACUGUGCAGUAUUUCAAGGAAAUGCUGACUAUAGGAAUCAAGAUUAACGAGACCACACUUUCAAUUGUUUUGCCAUUUUGUGACCUCAAAUACGGGAAACAGAUUCAUGCAUAUGUAUCGCGGAACAGUUUGUGGGAUGAUGUCACUCCCGUUUGGAAUGCACUUAUUUACAUGUAUUCAAAAUGUGGGUGCAUUGGAAAUGCUUUAUCUGUAUUUUCUCAUUUGGAUCACAAGGAUAUAGUGUCAUGGAAUACGAUAAUUGGUGGUUUGGGAAUGCAUGGUUUGGGUCAAGAUGCCCUGCAUCUCCUGGAAAAAAUGAGUCACUGUGGCGUUCAACCAAAUGCUUUGACAUUCACUUCAGUGCUUUCGGCAUGCAGUCAUUCAGGACUUGUUGAUGAAGGGUUAGAUAUUUUCCACAGAAUGGUGGAGGAAAUCGGAUUGAAACCCAGAAUGGAACAUUUUACUUGUGUUGUUGAUUUACUAACACGAGCUGGUCGGCUUGAAGAUGCAACAGAUUUUAUAGGAAAAAUGUGUGUUCAGCCGAACAAGCAUAUAUGGGGUUCUGUACUUGCUGCUGCUUUAGCACUUCAAAAAGUGAGCGUUGGAGUUCUUGCUUCAGAGAAUUUAGUUGAAUUGGAGCCUGAAAAUCCUGGACACUAUGUAACACUAUCAAAUUUGUAUACUAAAGCUGGAAGAAUAAGUGAUGCUCUUGCAGUGCGAAAACUAAUGGAGACAAAGGGGUUGGUAAAGGGUUUUGGUUGUAGCUGGGUAGUGGAAGGAAAUUGAGAACAGGAAAAGAGAUGUAAACUUUUUACCUAAGUCAUCACCAGAUUCAGAAUUUCUAAUUUGAGGUUUUAGCAUUUGAGUGAAAUUUAAGAUUUUAACAUCUUACUUCUUGAAAUUGCUUCAUGUCCUUGAUAUUUUAAAUGUUCAGGAAGUUAUAGAAUGCUAAAAUGUUGUCUAUCCUAGUGAUAAGAGUUUCGAACUCAAGGACAAAAUCCUUUAGUUCUAAGCU